UAACCCAUAACACCUAAACUUCAUUGAAGCAUGAGAGAAAACUGAUAACAUGAUUAGAAUGUGUCCCACUGCCAGAGGAAAAGAUAUUGAGGACAGUUUGGAUGUAUUUUAAUAAGCAAGGUAAUGAAGUCUUUGUGAAGUGGUAAUCUGGGGACAGUGUAGCCAAUGUCAAUAUAUAUGUUCCUGUGGUAAUAUGAUGUGAAUUUUCGUCAGAAUAAACCAACACAGAUAACAUCAUUUAAGUAAGAUAAUGGGAAACUUUGGUGGCCAUGCUUUACCAGGAUCUUUCUUCAUAGUUUUUUCACUAUGGUGGACAGUGCAGAUGUUUAACAGAUAUUACACAUCCCUACGAAAAAAUACACGGUUCACGUCUACUCCUACCUACCCAUGUACUUGUCUAUGUGGCCGAUUCAAAGAUUUUCCAAUUGAAUCCAUCGGCAAAAUAUUAUUAGUUGUUAUUGGAUUUUCCUUAGAAAUAUAUACUGGAUACAAUUUCUAUGUGCAUAAAUUCACCACUCCCGGAAAUGCACAGCACGCUACAAUGUUUUUCUUUUUCGGAAUGAGUGGUGUGAUAGAUUUUCUUGUAUACUUAAAAGCACCUAUACCUAAAGAUUUGGAUUAUGUUAUAGUGCUUAUAGCUUUAAGUGUUGAAGCUUUAUUAUUUCAUUUCCAUCUUCAUGGCCGAAAUGAACUGAACGUACAAUUACAUACGUUACUUAUAUACGCAAUUAUCUUAAAUUUAAUCGGGGUGAUUUUAGAACUGAAAUAUCGUCAUAAUGUCCUUGCAGCGCUUUCUCGAGCCUAUUUCUUUCUUGUUCAAGGUACAUGGUUCUGGCAAAUUGGGUUUGUUCUGUACAAUCCAAAUCCAUAUGCAGAAAAAUGGAAACCAGACGAUCAUGUGGAAUUCACUUUUGUGACCAUGUACUUCACUUGGCAUUGUGGGAUUGAUUUUUUGAUAAUGUUCGCCAUAGGCAGUUGUGUCGCUUUUUAUCAAAAGAGAUUUCAUACAAAUAGAGAAGAUGAUAUGUGUAUGAAGAGAUUAAUUCAUACUGGUACCAAUGGACAAACAUUAAUUACAAUGGGAGACAGUGACGAUAGUGAUAUAGAGUACCAGAAACCUGUUGUCAGAUGAUAAUAGAGAAGAAUAAUUUAUACCAUGAUAUUAGUUAAGCAUUCGGCUGAUUUGUCCAGUCAUUAUACUGUGUAUUCAUUUAUUUUCGUGGGUACCAAUUUUCAUGGAAACUUGCAUAUUUGUGGAUAUUUCAUUAUUUGGUUUUGGCAAGGUCUGCAUACAUUCCUUUAGUAAAUUUGCAGAUGGUUGAAUAUAUAUAUUCGUGGUUCCCUUGUACAACAUGAAAGCCACGAAAAUUGGUAUCAAACGAAUAUUAAUGAAUCCACAGUAUUUAUAUAAUCUGCACUUAUAAGAAUCUUGUAGGUAUAUUCGAUAAUUGUAAUUGUCAUUUAUCUUUUCAACUAUCAGUAGUCAGAGGUGGAUUUAGGGAGGGGUAGGGGGACCAGGUCCCCAUUUUUUGUGCAUGAAAUAUGACCGUUCUAUAGAGAAACUCUGAACCCUCACUGAAGCUAGUCCAUUGAAGGCAGUCAGUGGGCCCCUCUUAAGAUUUCUGGAUCUGCCAAUGGUAAUAUAUAGAGCACUGCGUAAAGCAAUCACCUAAUCAGUCAAUCAAUUAUAGAGCAUGAUAUACUCUUCAUUGCAGUGUUUAAACAAGGCUGCAUCUGUCAGAGUUGACAAUUGAUAUCCCCAUAAUUUUUAGUACUAUUUUAAAAUCAGUCUCAUUUUGUAUUGUACGAUAAAUUAUAAUUGUUUGUGGUAAACUUAGUGCAAUUUUUCCGUCGGGUAUUGCAAAAUACUGUUUCUUUUUUAAUCAAUAAUAGGUAUGUAUAUACAAACAUUUUUACAUCCUAUUUAUUUGUACUUAUUCAGGAGUUUAUAUAUAUUAUAUAUUAUGUUUUUAUUAUAUUUACAAAAAAAAAUCCAUGCUUUUUAUUUAUUUUUAUUCAAAAGUUUAUAAACAUUUACAUAUGACCAGUUUUUUGUUAUAUUUAAAUUAAAUGUAUAAGAUUUGAUAUUUUUUCUUCGUUUCAUAUAAUGAGGCUAAAUUUGUUGACCCAAUUCCAUUUUAUAUUAUAUAUGUUGCAAUCAAAAUAAGUUCUGAUUUUGUUCACUGAACUUGUUCAUUAUUCAUUUCUUCAUUAAAUAGAUAUAGGAAGAUGUGGUGUGAGUGCCAAUGAGACAACUCUCCAUCCAAACAACAAUUUAAAAAGUAAACCAUUAUAGGUUAAAGUACGGCCUUCAACACGAGCCUUGGCUCACACCGAACAACAAGCUAUAAAGGGCCCCAAAAUUACUAGUGUAAAACCAUUCAAACGGGAAAACCAAUCUAUAUAAACAAAACGAGAAACGAGAAACAUGUAUAUAUUACAUAAACAAACGACAACUACUGUACAUCAGAUUCCUGACUUAGGACAGGUGCAAACAUUAAAGUAUAUUUAUUGAGUUAUCUCCCCUUAUGAGGAAAAUGCCUAAUUUUCUUCAUUAGAUAAAAUGUUCAGUUUGUGUUGCAAUUGUUGUACCAUUUUGUAUGUGAUAGAUAUUAAAGUAUAUUUUUAUUAA